AUGAAUUCCCCAAUAGCAAUACGUCUUGAACGUGAUGGGACUGAUCAACAGUGGGGUUUUCGCCUUCAAGGUGGAACUGAUUUCUCUGUUCCAUUAUCAAUUGAAUUUGUCGCUCCAUAUACUUUAGCUGAAACAAUGGGUUUAAAUGUGGGUGAUCAAGUUAUAUCAAUCAAUGGUCGAAAUGUGACUAAUCUUACUCAUCAAAAUGCUAAAAUGGAAAUAACACGUUCUGGCAAUGAACUUGAAUUAACUGUGAUAAAAGGAGCAGUUAAUCAACGAUCAAUAUCAACACUUCGAUCUUCUUCACAAACAAAAAAAACUUCUGUACACUAUAAGCCAACGGCACCAGCGGUAAAUCCUAACUUUACGUCAACCAAUCAGUCUCAAACUCAUGUUGGUAGUACCCAUAAUCGACAACCAGCGCAGCACGAUGGACACAUAGCAAAUUUUGAAUCAUCACCUGCAUAUAAUCGAGACCCACUUCAGCGUGAAGUAUGGACACCAGUUGCAUAUUGUGACAAUCCACAAGCUUCAACUCGUCAUUACGGUACAGCUGUGUAUCAUGCUCAAUAUAAUUCUCCGAUAGGACUUUAUAGUGAUGACAAAGUAUUAGAAGCAUUUAAAUCACAAACAGGAAAUUUGAUUAAUGAAAUUAAAGGAAACGAUCUUCGUCAAUCAGCUGAUAAUUAUAAUGAUAGCAUGAAUACAAAGUCAUCACCAACAUAUCAAGCUGUAAUGAACAUUCAACCAAAAAACAACAUUACUUAUUCAUCUGAAGCAAAACUUUCUCGCUCAUUUCGCGCUCUUGAACAAGACCUAAUGUCUGUAGAAGGUACGCCACAAGCACCUAAAUCAAUUUAUGAUCAACGUCGUCAACAUGAAUAA